AUGGCCGCUCUCCCGUCCUUCAAGGAGCUCACCAAGGCCAUCCACGCCUUCAUCCCGCAAGCCUCGCUUCCCCUGCCCGACGAACUGGUCGAAAUCAUCGAUGGCUACCUCCAGAAGCACGAGCAGCAUGACGAGAGCAUCUCCGAGAAGAUCCAUGAGGAGCUCAUCUCCAUCUUCGAGAAGGAAGUCUUGGGCCACCCUUCCCGCUACGGGCCCUUCCUGAAUAUACUCCGCCGUCUGAGGCCCUUGAUUGCGCAUCCUGAAAGGACGGUCAAGUGGUGGCACCUGUUGCAGCCGGCGUUACAGUAUAUGAACCAGGAGAAGGACCUGGCAGAAGAAGGCCAAGCAACUGUUCUGGACAUCCUCACUGCCGACCCUGGCGAAGAUGGCGAUAACCCCGGCGGCAGCGCGGCCGUGCCUCUGGCGGAGCAGAUGCUGGCCCUCUGGAUCAAGGAUUGCGAGGUGGCCGGCAGGUCUGAAGACGCCCUAGGGAAUUUCCGGGAGAAGCAGCUCCGUGAAACACUCCUGAUAUUCGGCAAGAAACGACCAAGGGAUUUCAUGACCAUAGUCGACAAGUUUCUGGUCAAGAAGGACUGUCGCGCGAGAACUCUCCAUCUGAUUUCCGACUUCAUCCGAAACCGCCCGCCCCAUUUGCAUCUGGUUUUACAGACUCCCCUCUUCAAUACCUUGAUGAACUGCCUCCAGCUAGAUACAUCCACGACUGUGGUCUCGCUGGCGCUGACGGUUCUAACCAUGGUCCUUCCUCACAUGCCAAGCUCCCUCGUGCCAUAUUUGCCUACGCUGUUUAACAUAUAUGCGCGGCUGUUGUUCUGGGAAAGAGAGCUCUCAGCUGCAGAACUCGGAGCCGAUUUGAUAGCGGAGCGGCGACUAUCUCCCGGUGCGGUAUCAUGGGAGACCAUGACAUACUCUCCCGAGUUCGACGACGGAUCCGUUCCGCAGCUCCUCAACUACUUCACCAUUCUCUAUGGCCUGUACCCUAUCAACUUCAUGGACUAUAUCCGGAAACCACAGCGGUAUCUACGCCAUGCUGAGGCGCCAGAUUCACAUGAGAUAGAAGUACAACCAACAGAGAUCCGGCACGCGUCCGAACAGUUUCGUCAGUGCCAUGCACUCCACGAAAAUUUCUAUACCCUCACCAUAGAGUCUGAGAAAACCGACUUUGGGAGAUGGAUCAAGAGCGAGCCUGCCGAAGUUGUCGCUGACUGCAUGGCGUUGCGUCUGCCUUCGGAUUCGGCAUCUCUUUCAAUGUCUUCGCAGUUCGGGGUUCAAGAACCGCCACUCCUCUCUAUCAAAGAUGAUGGUGAAAGAGAUAGCCUUGAAGCGGCUCUGUUGAGUAGGUCCGUUCCUCUUGGAGCUUCACCCCAUGGUGGGUUUCAGGGUGAAAGCUGGCGGAAUGGACAGGCCAUGCCAAUCGGGUCGCCGACGAGUAGCCGAGUGCAGUCCACACUGUUUCGGCAAUCAUCGCAGAGCAGUCACCAGUCUCAGCGAGACUCGUCAAGUACGCGGCCAUCUGCCAGGGCUGCUGAGAGCCCAACACUUCCCUCAACCGGCUCGUUCACGCAGUUGCAAGACAUGAUCAACUCGAACAAAGCCAUCAAGUCAACAUUCAACCAGUCGUUGGCUAAUGACAGUGUUCCAUCCCUAGCGUUGAGCCACCAAGAUUCUAUUGCGGAGAAACCAACGGUAGCCGCUCGGCCAAGCCUGCAGUCUAUGACUGCUGCGACCUCGUCUGCCGAAGCCAAGGACACACAGAUAAAUCACCUCUACCGUCAGAUCCUUUUACUCCACAACGACCUCACGUUCGAGCGAUUCAUGAAGCAGCAACACCUAACUCACAUGGGAGAGCUCCGAAGGAGGCAAGUGAGAGAGGCUGCUUCCGAGGCUGAGGCGCAGAACUUGAUCAUGCAAAAUCGAAAUUUGAAGAAACGACUUGAGGACGCCAAGAAAACCGAGUCACAGGUCAAGACAGAAUCCGAACGGAGUCGAACGCUGGCCAAAAAGUGGGAGGCUGACCUAUCUGCCAAGUUGAGGACAAUCCGUGAAGAGCAGAGAAAAUGGCUGGCGGAGGCAGAAACACUCAGAGAUGACCUAGCAAAGGCCAAGGCCGAGGCGGAAGCACUACGUAAAAUCGUCUGUGACGCUGAGGUCAGGGAGUUGGGACUAAAACAGCAGAUGCAAUAUGUCGAGGCCAACAAGAACGAGUUGGACAGGCUAAGGUUCGAGGUGGAUCGCCUGACCAAGUCAGAACGGGUUCUAAACGCUGAGGAGACCAAACGCCAAGGGGCAAUGACACGCGCCACACAGGCAGAUAGUCGUGCCGAAGUACUGCAAAGGAAGCUGGAUGCAAGUGACGUCGAUUUACAGCAGACUCACGAUCUCUAUCAAUCCCAGAUUGCCGUGCUCAACGCGAAGCUUCAGGACGCGUUGAAAAACGGGGCAGAGCGCCACGAAGAUAACCUCAAGGCACACAUGGAAAGUGCCCUAGCAACAAGCAGGAUUCAACAAGACGAGCUCAAGAAGCGGAUCACCCAAUUGACGAGGAAGAACACGGCUCUCAAUGCCACACUCCUGGAACUCCAGUCCACGAUGCCGACCCGAUCAGUAUCUGAUCCGCAACGGCGAAGCUCUUCCGAUGUCGAGGUGUCUCUCUUAUCCUCAGAGAAUGAUAGUCCCUUGAGCUUCCGAAACCGCCAGCACCGUGUCUUCUCCGAUCCAGAGGCCUUUGAGGCAGCCUCCUACAACCCUACACCACCACUUGAGCCCUACGAUGCGGUACUAAGGGACCACACUCCACGACCUUCAACACCCGCACUCACCGAGGGGUCCGGGUCAACGGCUGGCAAGUCAAGCCCCGCAGCAGAACGAUAUCACGGCAGAGGUGGCGUACAAAAUGUAGUCAGAAAGGAGAGAAAAGAGAAAAAGGACGACAAGGAGAGGAAGAAGUCCAGUGGCAUUCGAGGAAUCAGGGGCUUCGUAUGA